GACAGGAAGUAAACCCCAAAUUCCAAAGUGGACCGCUGCAGGAAAGUUUCUCAAGUGAUUCCUUUGUUCGUAGGUUUGGACCGGGAGAAAGUGGAUAUAUAGCAUGAAACAAACCAGAAGUGAAUAACAGCAGCUGAGUGAGGAGGAGGAAGCUUCUGUGGACACAACGAAGAGUUCUUCGGUGAAAAGUCAGAGGGGCGAAGUUCCUAAUGGAAAGAGAGGGAAGGGGAAAGAUGACUAGGAGGAGCCGAGGAGGGAGCUGAGCUAUGUGGCAAAUCUCUGAAGCACUUCUCCGUCCGUGAAAGCAGCAGAGCCGCCUUUAUUUCGAAGACGCGAUGGAAGGAGAGAAGGAAAGACUGAGACAACAUCGGGAUGAGAAGGAGAGUAACGAAGCAGAUGAUUACGGGAAGUGUGAUGACGACAAAGACAAGGUCAAGGAAGAUGAUGAAGACUUGGUGGGGGCGGCGCUGGUCUGGCAGGAACGCUAUGGCGAGGACAAUCUAGGCCUUCCCAUCAUGCACUGGGAGGCCCUGAGCCUGCGUAUUGCUGAGCUUGAGAAGCAGGAAGAAGAGAAGAAGGAGAAGAGGUUAAAGACUGGGAUUUCUCUGGAGCAAAGCAGAGCCCCAGUCAGCUGGAAAGAGGAGCGAGGGAAGAGAUCGGAGAGCUGGGAGGAUGGAGACGAUGCCUGCAAUAGUCACGUGCUGGCACUGACCUCUCGCCUGCAGACACGGAUGAAUCUCCAGCUCUGCUUCAUCAACAACAGUGAAAGUGAAGAAGAGGAGGAGGAAGAGGAACAGAAGAAAGGAGAUGUUAGAAAGAAAGAAAGCAGCUCAUGGAGAGGAAGUGUUCAGAUUCACAAGGAUCCUCAGCCUUCAACCAAACCAGAGAAACAAAAGUCAAGAGGCUUCAGGAACACUCUGAAGAACCUGCGAGACCGACUAAGGACAGACCACAAGUCUUUGACUGCAGCUCGGAGUGAUCCUGUAGUCCAGCGGAGACAUUUGGAGCACAGUGAUUUGCAGGCUUUCACUAUCAAGGAGCUGAACGCUCUCUGCGCAUCUCUCAGCCAGGCUAUACAAGAUCUGAGCUCAGAGCUGGUGGGUCGCCUCCAGGUCCGAGACCAGCUGAGGACGGAGCAGGACGCCAUGCUGCUGGAGGUACAGGAUCUAACAUCACUGUGACAUCACGUUCACAUUGUGAGCAGCUGGGAGGAGUGGUUAUGGGACUUAAACAUUAUUAGGAUAACUCCACAAAGUUCUCCACAACAUCUGAGACAUUCCCUGCUGCUGUUGGUCUGACUGGUCAAUCACUGUGAAGUGUUAGUCUCUAUAAAUACUGGGACUGUUUUUAAUGUUCUGUGUUUUUAGGUGUGUAAGGGAAAUUUUGACCCACUAAAGACGCCCAUCUGCUGAUGAAUUACAUAUGAAACGAAAACCAGCAGAAAACUGCAUGUCAGUAAAAACCUGUGCCUUACACCAUUACAUUACAGUAUGGGUGUAAGGCCAUGUCAAAACCUCAAGGUUAGAAGCAUGAGGGGGAAAGAUGACACCCAAAAACAGGUUUGGUUUUGUUUGUUUGUGGUGGCGCAGAAAUGAUUCCGAUCCUCGUGGGAAGGUGAAAGGUUUCAUGAGUGUUACUGGAAUUCCCGUCUGUCCUGAAAGUGCUCUUAGAUCAUUCGCCUUCAAGCUGCAAACACUGAACCCAGAUCAGUGUCUGUACAGGCUAAAUGAUGAGGAGGGUCAUGUGCAUUUACAAAAAGGGUUUUUUUUUUUUUUUUAUUAAAAAAAAUAGUUUUACCAUCAGAUUUUAUUGCAUUAUGUUUACAUUAUGUUCAUUUAUUAACUUGAGCAUCCUGCUUGUACUUUACAUCAUUUCUCCCACAGUUACAGUAGAGACAUUUCCACACAAUAGUGAGACGGUCCUUAACACAGUAGUAAGAAGCCUAGCAGCAGUCCUGUCUAAAAUAUGGAUCUGGCGAGUGAGACUUAAACUCUUAACUCUGCAGUGUAAAAGGGACCAAUAUUGAAGAGCUCAUUAACAUAACAGUCUGUUAUUUGCUCUGUUUCGAUAUAGUCUUUUGAUCCUGACAUAAAGUCGUAUUUUUAUUCAUGCUUGUCUGUGUACACUUUUUAACUGAUGUUGGUAAAUAAAUGAAAAGUGCUCUUAAGUACAACAAAAUCA